AUGACCACCCUCACCACCACCUCAGGCAAUCGUAACCUAAAGAGUACCACCAUUCAUGUCAUGGCAUUGGACGGAAUAGUCAACGUGAAUUCCCUCUUCACUGUCGGUCUCUUUCUUGGUUUCACAGUCAACCCCAUGGACCGAAGCUACACCCUUGUUGACUCAUCUGACUCAUCAUGCCUGGCGGCUUCUUCUGUGGCUGAAAAUCUUGUAGCAUUCCAUGUAUAUUCCUUUAGUUCCUUUCUGUUUUCGAGUCUUAUUGCUGUUGGCCUUAAACAAGCUAUUAGGACCGCGAAAGAUGGUGAUACUUUUGUAGAGGUCAGUGAGGGGACCAUUGCUUAUGUUAACUUGAGGGUUUUAAGAGGUGGCAUCUUGGCGUCGGCCGCUGGAUCAGUUUCUGGAUGCUUGUUCUUGAGUAUUGCGUUGGUUUAUUUGGUUGAGAUCAAGCUUGGGAAAUUGGGUUGUUCGGAUUGGUAUGGGCUAGUUGCUAUAGGACCAUUGGUUGUUUUGGUCCCUUUGGCACUUGCUAUUUAUAUAUGUAUUGUGUUACAUGCGUUCACUCGUUAGUUUACUAAUGCUUAGACCCGCGCGAUGCACUUAUGAACUUAAAUAAUAUCUUUAGUAUUAAUUCAAGAUUGUAAAGGAUAUGAUUGACUUGGAUUAAAUUCACGGUGGAUUCUUUGGUGAUCUGCCCUUGCAAUAGGAAUAUGAUUUUGAUUAAUAAAUUGUUUGAUUUUAUUGUA